AGUCAAGACCGGAUGUGACGUCGUUGACAUGGUUGUCUAAGAACAGCGAGAUGCUAGCGCGACUUGUUUGGCAUACACCGGCUUGCUUUUAAGCUUCAUUUCAAAGCAGACAUGUCGCUGUCAACAGCUCGGUCCUUCCUGUCUGAAGCUUGCUAUGGGGAGCAGGAGCUGGACGCCAACUCCGCUCUCAUGGAGCUGGAUAAGGGGCUGCGGUCGGGGAAGCUCGGAGAGCAGUGCGAAGCGGUGGUGUUGUUCCCCAAACUCUUCCAGAAGUAUCCCUUUCCGAUCCUCAUCAACUCGGCCUUUCUGAAACUAGCGGACAUCUUUAGGCUCGGCAACAACUUUCUGCGUCUGUGUGUACUGAAAGUCACGCAGCAGAGUGAGAAACAUUUGGAGAAGAUUCUCAAUGUGGAUGAAUUUGUUAAGAGGGUGUUUUCAGUCAUCCACAGUAACGACCCCGUGGCCAGAGCCAUCACUCUCAGGAUGCUCGGUAGCUUGGCGUCCAUCAUCCCAGAGCGGAAGAAUGCCCACCACAGCAUUCGACAGAGCUUGGACUCUCAUGACAACGUGGAGGUGGAGGCUGCCAUCUUUGCGGCUGCGAGUUUCUCUGCGCAGUCAAAAGACUUUGCGGCUGGAAUUUGUAACAAAGUCAGUGAAAUGAUCCAAGGUCUGGACACGCCGGUGGACCUGAAGCUGAAGCUGAUCCCCAUGCUGCAGCACAUGCACCACGACGCCAGCCUGGCCUCCAGCAGCCGGGAGCUCCUGCAGCAGCUGGUCAACUCCUACCCCUCCACCCCCAUGGUCAUCGUCUCGCUGCACACAUUCACGCAGCUGGCCGCCUUCUCGCUCAUCGACAUCCCCAAGCAGUUGCAGCUCCUCCUUCAGUACCUGAAAGACGACCCGCGGAAAGCCAUAAAGAGACUUGCUAUAAAUGACUUAAAGCUCCUGGCUAAAAAGGCUCCUCACCUGUGGAUCAGAGAGAAUACUCAGACUCUGUGCGAGUGUGCUUUGGCCAUGCCUUACAACAGUUUGAAGCUGGGAAUGCUGGCUGUCCUCUCCACUCUAUCUGGGACCAUAGCCAUCAAGCAGUACUUCAGCAGCGCUGCAGGUGGCUCCUCCAUCCCCCUGCGGCUCACCGACCUGGUGAAGCUGGCUCAGGAAUGCUGUUAUCACAGCAACCUGUCGGUGGCGGCCCACGGCGUGCUGGUGCUUUCCAACAUCGCCAUUUCCUGCCCGGAAAAAGACAUCGUGCAACUGGAGCAGGACACAGUGUUGGGAGUGGAGUCCCUCCUGAUGCUGUGCAGCCAGGACAGCAGCCCCGGUGCUCAGGCCACUCUCAAAACGGCGCUCACCUCGCUCGUCAAGCUGCUGAAACAUCGGCCUCACCUCAGCCAACCAGCUGUGGAGUUCCUGCUCGGCCAGCUCCACCUAUCCUGCGACUCCUCCAGCGUGCUCCUGUGCCACGCCCUCGCGGCCAUCGCCAACCACCUGCCCGUGCUGGGAGACGGCAUGCUGGGGGAUCUGGUCGAUCUGUACCGGGUGGCCGGUCACUCCUCCACCGGCGAGCAGCAGGAGCUUCUGGUUUCCCUGGCGACGGUGAUCUUCGUGGCCAGCCAGUCGUCCCUGUCGUCCGAGGUGAAGACGGUCAUCAAACAGCAGCUGGAGAACGUCGCCAACGGCUGGACGGUCUACCGCAUCGCGCGGCAAGCCUCGCGCACGGGAUGCCACGAGUUCUCCAGCGAGCUUUACCAGUGCCUCCGCACCCGUGUGGCGUCGGAGCAUUUCUACUUCUGGCUGAACAGCCUGAAGGAGUUUUCCCAGGCAGAGCAGUGCUUGAGUCACGUGGAGGAGGGAGACUACAGCGGGGCCAUGAGCGCCAUCGCCGAGGCCCUGCGCUCCUACCAGAAGGGCAUCGCCUCCCUGACGGCUGCCAGCACUCCUCUGAGCCCGCUCACGUUCCAGUGUGAGUUCAUUAAGCUGCGCAUCGACACGCUGCAGGCCCUGUCGCAGCUGAUCUGCACCUGCAACAGCCUGAAGACCAGCCCCCCCCCGGCCAUCGCCGCCACCAUCGCGCUCACGUCAGGCAACGAGGUCCAGCGCUGCGGCCGCAUCUCAAUGCAGAUGAAGGUAUGCAUGGAUGAGUUCAGAGCUCUCGCUGCCCGCUACGCUGAUUUGCACCAGUCGCUCUUCGACGCAGACUACGCUACCCUUCGCAACGUGGAGCUACAACAGCAGAGCUGCUUGCUGGUCUCCUAUGUAAUCGAAGCUCUGAUCCUGGACCCACAGGCAGCCAGUUUCCAGGAGCACGGCACGUCGGGGUCCGUUCAGACGGAGAGCGAAUACGAGCGGCGGAUGAUGUCGGUCUUUAACCAUGUGCUCGACGAGGUAGAAGGACUGUCCAAGAAACACCCGCCCGUUUCACACCUGCAUACCAAUUGUCUCUGCGAUGCGGUCAUAGCCUUGCUCAAGGUGCCGCUGUCUUUCCAGAGAUAUUUCUUCCAGAAACUCCAGUCGACCAGCAUCAAGCUGGCUCUCUCUCCAUCACCACGGACUCCAAGCGAGCCCAUCCCGGUCCAGAGCAGCCAGCAGCUGACUCUGAAGGUGGAGGGCGUGGUACAACACGGCUCCACCCCGGGACUCUUCAGGAAGAUCCAGUCUGUUUGCCUCAACGUCACAUCGGUCCUACAGAGCAAGACCGGGCCUGACUACAAAAUACCACUUGAUAGUAAAACAAAUGAGAUCGAGCAGCGAGUAGAACCUCACAACGACUACUUCAGCACCCAGUUCCUGCUAAAUUUCUCCGUCCUGGGCACGCACGUGGUCACCGUGGAGGCGUCUGUGGUGGACGAGAGCGGCAUCGAGUGGAAGACGGGGCCAAAGACCAUGGUGUCCGUCAAAUCCCUGGAGGAUCCUUACUCCCAGCAGCUGCGCCACCAGCUGCAGCAGGGUGGCGCUCAACCUGCCCCACAGAGGAGUUCAUACAUUCGCUUUUAGUCUAAAUGUCAACGAAAAAAAGUUUUUUCUUUUACGAUUUGAGCGCAUUGACUUUGUUUUGUCUUGUAGAAAAUGUUUAUAUUGUUUUCCUACAAUUAUUAAAAGACUGUCUCAUUUAAAUA